AUGCCCGAUAUCGAGGCCGCUCCGGGAAGGUCCUCCAGACCCGACAAGAUCCCCUACUGGAGGUUGCUUACGGACCAGAGUCCCAUCACUUCGGAGAUCCUCGACUUCAAGUAUGCCGGUUCGGGAACAGAGCAAGAUCCGUUUGUCGUCGAAUGGAUCCCGAACGACCCUCGCAAUCCACGGCUCUUCAGCGCAAAGACAAAGUGGCUGUAUACGAUGAUGAUGACUCUCGCGACCUUCGGGGUCUCGCUGACAUCGUCAGCCUAUACAGGAGGCGUUGACAGCAUCAUGGCGGAGUUCAAUGUCAGCGAUGAGAUCACCACCAUAGGAGUCUCACUGUUCGUGCUGGGUUUCGCUCUUGGCCCCCUGAUCUGGGCACCGCUCAGUGAGUUGAUCGGGCGCCAGGUGGUGUUCUUCGGAACAUACUGUGCCCUUGUGGCCUUCUGUUCGGGUUCGGCAGGUUCGCAGAAUAUCUGGACCCUAUUAAUCCUUCGAUUCUUCGCCGGCUCAUUUGGUUCCUCGCCCAUGACCAAUGCGGGCGGAGUCAUCGCCGAUAUCUUCGAUGCCGACAACCGGGGUUUGGCCACGACGCUUUUCGCAGGAGCACCGUUCCUGGGUCCUACAUUGGGGCCCGUAGUCGGUGGCUUCUUAGGAGAGAAUGCCGGAUGGAGAUGGGUCCAAGGAUUCCUAGGGGCAUUUACCGGCGUUAUCUGGAUCUCUUGCAGCUUGUUGGUCCCCGAAACUUAUGCACCGCUACUGCUUCGAAAACGAGCUGCAAAGCUUUCCCAGCUCACAGGCAAGGUCUACGCCACCCAUCUCGAGAUACAAACCGGCAAGAUAACCAUCGUCGAUGCGUUCAAGGGGGCCCUUUCACGGCCCUGGAUCCUCCUUUUUGCGGAACCGAUCGUCCUGCUCCUGUCAGUCUACAUGGCCAUUGUAUAUGGCACGUUAUAUAUGCUCUUUUCCGCCUUUCCCAUCGUCUACCAAGAACAACGCGGCUGGAGUGCUGGAAUCGGAAGCUUACCAUUUAUGGGCGUCAUGGUGGGCAUGAUGAGCGCAGUGGCAUAUAACAUGUGGGACAACAAACGAUUUGUGAAAAUCUAUAGAAAACAUCACGGCUUCGCUCCGCCAGAGGCUCGUCUCCCACCCACAAUGAUGGGAGGCAUCAUCAUUCCAAUCGGCCUUUUCUGGUUCGCCUGGACGUGCGGCCUCAACGUCCACUGGAUUGUCAGUAUCAUUGCAGCCGCCCCAUUCGGCUUCGGGAUGGUGUUGGUCUUCCUAGGAGUCAUGAACUAUUUGAUCGACGCUUAUACCAUCUACGCUGCCUCCGUUCUCGCCGCGAACUCCAUCGUCCGAUCCACCUUCGCUUGCGCAUUCCCCCUUUUCGCAAAAUACAUGUACCAGGGUCUCGGCGUCAAUUGGGCCUCUUGCAUUCCUGCAUUUCUCGCCCUAGCCUGCGUUCCGUUCCCGUUCAUAUUCUACAAGUACGGACCGGCCGUGAGGCGGAAGUGCAAGUACGCUGCCGAAGCGGACGACUUUAUCAGGAAGCUUGCUGAAAAGGCUCUCCUGACUGAGGGCACGACAACAGAGAAGAAUUCUGAUACUGAAUUAUCUGAGAUUCCACAUGCGGAAGAGGAGACCGUCCGCAAGGAUGAAGAGGAGGAAAGUAUAUUCCGUGAAUCUACCAGUACCACCAGCGAUGAAAUACACUCUAUCCAUUCUGCUGCGACCGUCGAACCAGCAGAUACUGUCUACCAGGGUAAUCCGUAUGAUAUCGACCGCGUCAAUACGAGGAAUUCCGUUAUCACGCACCGGUCUCGAUCCCGGUCGAGGUCUGUCCAGAGCCGGCGUAAGGGGUGGCUUCGCCUUUGA